ACAGAAAGCAUGCCCUGAUUUGGGAGUUGUUGACAUUGAGACCUAGCGUGUGGCCACUGCGAUCAAAGGUACAGGUCAGGGGAGUGGCUCAAGAGUUUAAUUAUUCGUUUUGAUGGGCCACUGAGCCCUGCUGUUUCUGUUCUGCUGAAGGACUAUAAAUACUGUUAGCACCCUCUUCAUUUGGGUCCCUGGGAAAAAAAAACCUUCUCUUGCUCCACCCUACUUUCACCCCUUCUGUAGCAUUUGUAUGGACCCUGUUAUUCAGAAGAAGCCAUUUUUUAAAAUGCAGCUGUUCUGGUUGCUAGCUGGGGAGGAACUGAAGACAUCUUGUCAUUUCGAACCAGUUCAUUUUGUUGGCCACAAGGCAAAACAGCAGUAGGCUCAGAUGGGGAAAGCUGAAGUCAUUAUCCAAAGGUCAGACUUGAUAAGCAGCCUCUCCGCUGUCUCUCUCCCAGCCUCCCAUGUGUAUCUAGGGAAGGGAGCAGGAAAAAGAAAUCCAGUUUCAGAAAAGCCUUUAUUAAAUAUCUAUCUGCAAAGGAUAGGUGGUUUAGUCAGGGGAGAAGGUACUGGAUUUGAAGUCAGGAAUCUGGAUCCACAUCCCAGACUUUAAUUGCUUGUGUCACCCUGAGCAAGUCACUUAUCCUUUCUUGGUCUCCGUGUUCUUCUUGAUCAAAUGGAGGAGUUGGACUGGAUUGCUACAAUUUCUUCCAUUUGUGAAAGAAACUGAAGCUCAGGGAUGCCAAGUGGCCUGGCCUACCCACAGUCCCAUGGGUCAAAAGCAUCAGAGGACUGAACCAGCUGCCUUUUGAUCCAUCCAUCAGCCACGAGCCACUACAGUUUUGCAGCCCUGCUGACAGUCCAUUGCUGUCAGAAGGUCAGGUUGAGAAUGAAGACGAGGCGAGCAAGAAGCGAAAACGAACCAAUGAGAGCACAGGUGACACAUCUACAGAUUGGCAGUUAUGAUAACCUUGGCUUCAAUUAUGAGAGCAAAGCUGAUGGUAGUAGAAGCCUGAGUAUGGAAUCUGCACCCAUGGCUCUACCAAUGUCAGACCCCAACGCAUGGGCCACAGCCAUGAAUAAUCUCAGAAUGGCACCAUUGGGAAUUGCAGGACAACCUAUGCUGCCAGAUUUUGAUCCAGCUCUUGGAAUGAUGACAGGAAUUCCACCAAUCACACCCAUAAUGCCAGGCUUGGGGAUCGUUCCCCCUCCAAUUCCUCCUGACAUGCCAGUGGCCAAGGAGAUAAUACACUGCAAAAGCUGCACUCUUUUCCCACCCAAUCCAAAUCUUCCACCACCCGCAACCCGGGAAAGACCCCCAGGAUGCAAAACAGUCUUUGUAGGAGGUUUGCCAGAGAACGGAACAGAGCAGAUUAUCGUGGAAGUGUUUGAACAAUGUGGGGAUAUCAUUGCUAUCCGUAAAAGCAAGAAGAAUUUCUGUCACAUUCGCUUUGCUGAAGAAUUCAUGGUGGACAAAGCCCUCUAUCUCUCUGGGUACCGCAUCCGCUUGGGCUCAAGCACUGACAAGAAGGACACUGGCCGCCUCCAUGUGGAUUUUGCCCAGGCCCGAGAUGACUUGUAUGAAUGGGAAUGUAAACAACGCAUGCUGGCCCGGGAAGAGCGCCACCGCCGCCGGAUGGAAGAAGAGCGCUUCCGGCCUCCAUCUCCCCCUCCAGUUGUUCAUUAUUCAGACCAUGAGUGCAGCAUUGUGGCUGAGAAACUGAAAGAUGAUUCCAAAUUCUCUGAAGCAGUGCAGACCCUGCUCACCUGGAUAGAGCGUGGUGAGGUCAACCGCAGAAGCGCCAACAACUUCUACUCCAUGAUCCAGUCAGCCAACAGCCACAUCCGCCGCCUAGUCAACGAGAAGGCAGCUCAUGAGAAGGGCAUGGAGGAGGCCAAAGAGAAGUUCAAGCAGGCCCUAGCAGGAAUCCUUGUCCAGUUCGAGCAGAUAGUUGCUGUUUACCAUUCUGCCUCCAAACAGAAGGCCUGGGACCAUUUCACCAAAGCCCAGCGCAAGAACAUCAGUGUGUGGUGCAAACAAGCUGAGGAAAUUCGAAACAUUCAUAAUGAUGAACUGAUGGGAAUCCGGAGAGAGGAAGAGAUGGAAAUGUCUGAUGAAGAAAUAGAAGACCCCAAUGAUCCAAAGGAAAAUGAUGACUCGGCUCUAGUGUCUCAGACUGAGGCCUUGAAGGAAGAAAAUGAUAGCCUACGUUGGCAGGUUGAUGCCUACCGUAAUGAAGUGGAGCUGCUCAAGCAGGAACAAGGCAAGAUGAGCCGGGAUGAGGAUGUCACCAAGGAACAGCAGCUGAAGCUUCUUCAGCAGGCUCUGCAAGGGAUGCAGCAGCAUCUUCUAAAACUGCAAGAUGAAUAUCAGAGAAAGGAAACUGAGCUCGACAAAGUCAAGGAUGAAAAAAUGCAGCUGGAAAAAUUACUGGAGAAUCUACAGGAGCAGGAGUGUAGAGUUUCCAGGAUCUGCGUGUCCAACCAGGAGAAUGACCCACUGGAAAGGACUCCAACUUGUACCCCAGUGAAAUCGGAGAGAGAGGCGCUUUUAGUGGGUAUAAUAUCUACCUUUCUUCACGUGCACCCAUUUGGAGCAAGUAUUGAAUACAUUUGCUCUUAUCUCCAGCGUCUCGAUACCAAGAUUUGCACCAGUGAAGUCGAAACUCUCAUGAGCCGCCUUCAGUGCACCUUUAAGCAGGAGAUGACGGGAGUCGGAGCCAGCCUGGAGAAGAGAUGGAAAUUCUGUGGCUUUGAUGGUCUCAAGAUGACUUAAAUCUCCCUUACUUUCCCUAAACCAAGAUCCUGGCUGGGAUGGGGGUGGGGGGAAUGUUAUCUAAGCUUGGGAAGUGAUAAAAAAAUUCCUCUGUGUUUUUUGUUUUUGUUUGGUUUUUGUGAUCGUCAUGUAGAAUUCACUUAAGCCUUGUAGCUCCCCUUCUGGAAUUUAUUGUAACAAGUGUGGAUUCUAGAUAGCACAGCACCUUCCACUAAAGGCCCUAGACAGACUGGCUCCAACCUUAAGCGUGGGCAUUUCUCUCCCUUGGUAAGUUGGUUGCUUGGCUUUUUUGAAUGAAAACUUUCAUAUGCUUAAAACAAUUUACACUUGGGGCAUCUUCCAUGUCUAUACUACCGUUGUCAAGCCUUGACAUUUUCUUUUUUUUUUUCAAGCACGCUAGUAACGGCAAUGUUUUGGCAGUUUCUAUGUGAUUUGUUUUUCCAAAAUCUCUCAUCCUCUAAACAUCUGUCCUCUCCCAAGGAGCCAAUGGCAGAACUUCCGAUACCCGCAUCUUCUUCCCCCGAGGUAAUGCUUCAGGAGACAGUAAGCCAGCCUGCACACAGGCACUGGCACCCACACUGGCACACGGUCACCCACAAGCAUUUUGUAGACAUGCUUAACCUUGCCCAUCUUUUGAAGACAGACCACAGUUCAUGGGUUUGUUUGUUUUUUAACUGAACAGUCAUGAGCCAGAAGUUGACACAUUUUCCAAAGUAAAUCUUUCUUCUCUAUUAGGUAGAUUAUUUCAGAAUUUACAAGUAAAACUAGAUUUUUAAAAAAUCGUAAUGCCCGACAAGCUCCAGUGUAUUGGUGUUGACAGCAGCCCAAUGUGACUGACUCGUUUACAUGAUCUUCAGCAUCAUUCUGUAAAUAAUCUGCUUCGAAAGGUGGGUGUAUUUCAUUUUCUACAAACUUGACAAAAAAGGACAACAUCAGUGAUGGGGUUUACUUUCAUAUUCUCUCUACUCCAGCCUUUCACAGAAUCAGUAAGCCCUUUCCUUCUGCCAUCAGUGUGCCAACCAAGAGCUCACCCACUGCUAUACAUAUUGCGUUUACUUCCUGUUGAAUGUUUCCAAAGAGAUUCUCUGAGUAUCACUAGCUCAUUGUACUUUCACAAAAGAAGGACCAGAGCUUCCUCAGUUCUGGGGGGCAGCUUGGGCCCCUGAAGAUAGGGCCCUCCAGGCUGCCAGGAACUCCAACAGUCUGCAUUUGAGGGUCUAGUUCAGAAGUCCUGCUUACUUUUUGUCUAAUGGAGACAGGUUGGGGCUGAACAUCUGGAGACAAAUUGGUCUGGCCUCUUACCUGGUGCUUUUUCCAAAUAGAGCAUCCCUGCCCUUUAGUACUGGCUUAAAAUAGUGUGCUUGUGUCUGCAAAGAACAUGAGGAGUAUUUCAGGAAAAUUCCCUGUAAACGAGGUGUCAGUACUGUUUCCAGUUGUAUUUUUCAAAUAAUAAAACAAAAACUUUUUACACCACC